AUGAUUCGGCAUGAAAUUUUGUUUGGAGAAGAUGAUAGUCAAACAGUAGUAAAUCGAGUAGUAAAUCCAAGAACUAAUUACAAUUUGUUCUUGCACAGUAUGGAUUGCAGAUUGAAAAACCAUCAAAUUGAAUUUAUUUUAAUUAAAAUUGGAAAUGAGUUACAAUACAACAGUGAAAGAAAUCAUUGUUUAAGUCCGGAUCAACAGCUAUUAACAACUUUACAUUGGCUGGGUAACGGCUGUCAAUACCAUGGAAUUGCGGUUAUGCAUGGAAUCCAUAAGUCAACUGUAUGCCGCACAAUUCACAGAGUAUUAGACGCUGUUAUCAACAAAAUGCUUAAUGCAACUAUAUGCUGGCCGCCUAAUACUUAUGAAAUUGCGCAGCAUUUCUUUGAAAUUGGUGGUUUUCCUCAGGUUGCGGGUUGUAUUGAUGGUACAAUGAUAAACAUUGAUGCCCCAAUGGAAAAUGAGGCGCAGUUUGUAAAUAGACAUGGAAAACAUGCCCUAAAUGCAAUGAUGGUGUGUGGUCCUGACCGUAGCUAUUACGCCAUAAAUUGUUCUUGGCCAUAA